AUGAAAUCAAUAAUUCAAAUUCUUGUAAACCAGCCAGAAAACUUCACACCUACACUGGCAAAAAGCGGAAUAAAAGAACUAUUCAAGCCAGAGACCACACCAGCACAAAUAUCGGCAUUUUUAAUAGCGCUAAAAUUACAAAAUAAAGACUCCAAUGCGGAAAUUGUCGCGGCUUGCGCCACCACAAUGCUUGAGUUUGCGUUAACAAUUGAUUUUAGCGAGUAUAAGGGGUUACAAGACUCAUUGGUAGAUAUUGUUGGUACUGGUGGCGACGGUAUGAAUACUUUUAAUGUCUCCACGACCGCGGGAAUUGUAGCUGCUGGGGCGGGCUGUAAAAUAGCAAAAUUUGGAAAUAGAGCAUCAUCUUCUAAAAGUGGAUCAGCUGAUAUAUUGGAAAGUCUCGGGUGUGCAAUUAGCAGUCUAACACCCAGCGAAGCACCUCACAUUAUCAAUAAAUCAAAUUUCUGCUUCUUAUUUGCUCCAGUGUUUCAUCCGGCAUUGAAAAAUGUUGCCGGUCCGCGUCGUGAAAUUGGUGUUUCCACGAUUUUUAAUUUAUUAGGACCUUUGUUAAAUCCGGCACAACCAAAACGAGUGGUAAUUGGUGUGCAUUCUAAAAAUAUUGGCGCGUUAGUAGCUGAAUCGUUGCGACUUAGAGGUGCAACAAAAGCAAUGGUGGUUCAUGGUAUAAUAGGAUUAGAUGAGAUAAGUCCCGAAGGUGAAACUUGCGUUUGGGAACUUUCUCAAUCUAAGAUCACCGAAUAUGUGGUAUCUCCUGCUGAUUUUGGACUUCCAAAUCAUCCAAUAAUUUCUGUAGUUGGAGGAACCUCGGAGGAAAAUGCAGCAAUUUUGGGCAAAUUACUUGAGGGAAAUUCCGAGGGACCAAUUUUAGACUUUGUCUUGUUAAAUGCUGCCGCAGUGCUGGUGGUUGCAGAUAAGGCUAGAGACUUUAAAGAAGGUGUGAAAUUGGCUCGCGAAAGUAUUAAAAGUGGUAGAGCACUGGCAGCCUUGACGGAUUUCAGAAAAGCCCUCGAUCGUGCAUAA